GAUUUGACUCUGUUGCGCUCAUCAUCUUCACUCUUCCACAGCUGCCCCUCUUUUCUAACGAUAUAGGAUCCUGAUUUCUGUCUGAUCUUUGCUUCUCUGUUGGCUUUUGUUAUCUUUUCGUUGUCUUGGUAGCCUAUUGUGACGCAAAUGGCAAUGGACCCACUAUCGCUGGGGAGUGAAUCGCCUCCUGCGAGGCAGUCAAUGUUUGGAAGUUUCCUGCGCGGCCGUCCACGAGGCACUUCUCAAUCUCAUCCUUCACCUCCUCCCGACAUCGCCAACAACAACACUAACAGUCGAGACUCCCCUUCGCCAUCGGGCUUCCAUCCCCCAGCCCUGACAGAUUCCAACGCAGGCCAUAGACGCCGCCCCGCUGCUUCCAUCUCGCCACAUUUACAGGCCUCUCAUUCCACCAACAACGCCACGGCCUCUGUUGCAGGUCCUUUUUCUCACAUGUUACGACGGAGACGUUCAGCUGGCGCACUCGCCUCAACUGCCACUCCACAGGUCCCAGCUGUAGCCGUCGCAAGAACCACCGUGGGUACCUCGUCAACCAACGUCAAUGGCAACCAGCACCCUAUACCUCUUGUCAAUGGAUCGGUGGUCUCUCAUCGUAUUCGACUUGUUCCCCACCUUGACUCACGUCGUUCCUUGCGUUUCGACCCGAUUUGUCGAGAUGUGCGCGAGGGCGACGCCCCUUUGCGUAUAGGUCGGUUCACGGACCGUUCCGGUAUGGGGCUUGCUGCAGCCAAUGCCAAUGGGUCAAAUAAACUUGCUUUCAAGAGCAAGGUCGUUAGCCGUGCGCAUGCGGAGAUCUGGGUCGAGUCUGGGGGGAAGUUCUUCAUAAAGGACACAAAGUCGAGCAGUGGUACAUUCCUGAACCACGUCAGGUUGUCCGCUGCCAAUUCGGAGAGUCGUCCGAAUGAGUUGAAAGAUGGCGAUUUGUUGCAGUUGGGUGUGGAUUACCAGGGCGGAACCGAGGAUAUUUACAAGUGCGUCAAAAUCAAGAUAGAGGUGAAUAGGGAGUGGCAAGCCCAAAACAAUCCUUUCAAUGCGAACGCCUUGAAACAACUGAAAGCCAUUGCUAUCGCAGCAAACCCUACCGGUAACCCAAAGAAGACGGUGUCGGCCAAAUCUGCACUGCCAGAUUGCUGCAUCUGUUUAUUCGCCGAGACUAUCAAUCAGGCCCUAUUUAUUGCGCCAUGCUCGCACACCUUUCACUACAAAUGCAUUCGACCGUUACUCGAGACACACCACCCCGCCUUCUCUUGUCCCCUCUGCCGGACAUUUGCCAAUCUAGAGGAUGACGUCGAAGUUGAAGUCAUCGAGCAAGAAAGCUUGCUCGAAGCCGCGUCCGUGAUUGCUGCACUCAAUGAGGAAAACGCACGCUCUGCAGUGGACCGCGUGGAUCCUGGCGCAGAGACAGAGGUUGAAGCAGAACCAGGCAGAGCACCUCGAAGACGUUCUGUAGUCCCACCUCUUCCGAACAAUGUGGUCGACCUUACCGAGGACCGAGAUGCGGAAAUGGUGGAUCUGGCGUUACCGUCGCUGCCAGAGAAUGAGCCUGAUAUGAUGGGUCAGGAUGACGACUUGGAUGUGGACAAUGACAGUGUGGAAUACGUUCCUCCGGCGGCAUCAUCGGCGGCUGCGGCUCCUGCGAAUCGAUCGGCGGAGUACCUUUCUGAGGGUGAGGGCAGUGGUGUUGGUAUGCAUGAUGCUGAGGGGGGUUCGAGUGAGGGAAGUGGACGAGGUUCUGCAGAAGUUAUAAACGGCAAGAGGAAGCGGUGACGGCAUUAUAAUAAACGGACUUUCUCGUCUUUUUCAAUCUCGACUCGGAUUUGUUUGCUCAUCUUCUGGUGCCUUUUACUACACACAGGUUGGUUCCUAGAAACCUUGUUGUCAUGACUGUACCAUAUCUCCACAACUUCUCGACUGUCUGUUCUUUCACUUUCUUCAGCUGUUUCUCAUCAUUUUCUUUUGUCAUUUAUACUGUAAUGCUUGUAAUUUUUCUCCUUCGAAUCGGAUACGAUUAAGUAUUUUUGUUGUUGUACGUUCCAUACCAGACCGUUCUGGUGCAAAGAGGGAUCGAACCCAGAGCCGAACGCAAUAACAGGGCUCUGAUUGGCGGAG